UAUUCCUUCUUUGCGUUUUCCUGCACUGUGAACAUUAUUUUAGGGUUUCUGUUCUAUUUUCCAUAAUUGUAUCCUUCAAAUCCAAUACCGUUGGGGGUCUUUUUCUGUAUCCUUUUGGUAAUUAAAACUUAUUCUCUGGGUUCUAUUUUUAGAAACUUAAUUUAAAAUCUUUUUGGGAAUUUUUUUCUUUCUAUAUAUCCUUUUGGGUUCAUCUCUAAUUUGCUUCUUUUAGAACUUCUUUGGGGUUUUUCAAGUUGACUAUCUCCUGGGUUUUCUUCAUUGUCACCGGACGUUCUUCCCAAAUCUGACAUUUUUUCUAGUGUUGGAGUACUUCUCCAAACCCUCCUGGGUGCAGGCAAAGCUAAGACAUGGUGAGAGGGAAGAUUGAGAUGAAAAGAAUUGAGAAUGCCACAAGCCGGCAAGUGACCUUCACCAAACGUCGAAACGGCUUGUUAAAGAAAGCUUAUGAACUUUCGGUUCUUUGCGAUGCAGAAGUUGCAGUCAUCAUCUUCUCCCAGAAAGACAAGCUCUAUGAGUUCUGCAGCUCUGACAUGCAAGAGACUCUAACACGAUACCAUAACUAUGCAAAAGAUGAGCAAACCAACAAGGUUGAAGUGGAACAACAUGUGCAGGCAUAUGUUGAACAAAUUGCAAGUAUUUUAGUUGCUUCCGGUGGGUUGGUGGGAGUUUGCAACGGGGCCUUCCACCAGGUAAGUAAAGGGUUGAGAGAUUGGAUAACUUCCAUGCCUUUCUGGAGGAAUAGUUGUCACUUUUUGGGAUAUAUACAUAUGCAUAUAUGUGUGUGCACGUAAAAAAUUAAUUGCGAAGUCUUUGUUAGAUUUUCUUCAUAUCAGCGGACAUUGAAGUUUCGUUUUUACUGUUGUGCUAGAGGUACAAGGUGGUUAAUAAGCACCACUCCCUGCAUAGUUGCAUUUUAUAUGGCGAACUCAUUUUCACCAUAUAUAACUUUAUCUGGGAGGCAUUUCUCGGUGCUUUAUGGAAAAGGAAAGAGGAUUAUUGUGUUUUAUGUGAGGGUUCUAGUAGCCUAAUCAGUUAACAUUCCUGGGAAGUGUUUUUGAGAUCACUUGCUGGGAUGAUUCUUGUUCUUCCUACUUGGUUUUGUUAUGCACCUUUCAUAUCAAUGUAUUUAUAGAGAAUAAAAUCAAGAACUAAUUGUCAGGACUUCCACACUUCUAGAGUGAACUAGCAAAUUUGAGUUUGAUUCUAAUAGAUGAAAAGCAAACAAGCAUAGGAAGUGAGUUCAACAAGGAUGAGUCUUAUUGUUAAGUGUCAUGUAUAGCUCUUAUGAGUUUCAUUCAUAUAAUAGCGGGCCAACCAUUUUGAGAGAGAGAAAGGAGAACAACCAAUAAUGAAGUGAGGGAAAAGAAAACGCAUUUGAGUUUCACAAUUAAUAGAUUGAGCUCACAUUUAUCAAACUUACACCAAUCCAAAAUUAAUGUUAAAUUGUUCAAACCAUGAGAAUCAAACUCAUCUAAACUAAUAUGAAAAACCCAACUUUGCUUUAUAGUUAUCUUCUAUCCAUGUGAAAAUCAUUACCGUACGCAUACAGUUGUGUCUAUAUAUUAUAUAAGAUAUUAAUUGCAGGCAAGUUUUUUGGAUUUUUUCCAGAGUAGGAUUCUCUCCCUUCUAAAUUCAUGCCCCUCCCCUCUAAUCCUCUCCCAUUUUCCUCUUUCUCUUUCACUUUUUAUAAAGAAGUCAACACCAGAAGGUGACAUGGCUUAAUCGUGACCGUACAAAUAGGAUGCAACUUGAGGGGAGGGAAAUUUGAAAGGGAGAGAAUCCUACUCCAAUUUGUCUAUAACCACUAUUUACUACACUGACACUUGAUACAUGCUCAUCAAAUGAAAAUGGGUGAAAGAAAA